GGGAUCACACAAUGGCUGUAGCAGCUCCGCCGCGUCCUAACCUUGUGGUGAAGUUAGUGAUGACUGGGGACUCGGACGUUGGGAAAACCUGUAUUCUCACCCGAUUUGCAGAGAACACUCUCCCCUCUUACAUCUCCACCGUGGGUAUCGAUUUUAAAACCAAAACCAUUCAUGUUGCUGAGACAGCAUUAAAGCUCCAGAUCUGGGACACUGCUGGACAAGAGAGGUUCCACACGCUCAGUGUUAGUUAUUUCCGUGGAGCUCAGGGCUUUGUUCUUGUUUAUGAUAUCACCAACCCUGCUUCAUUUGAAAACACAGCUGUGUGGAUGAGAGACAUUAAAAUGAAAGCCGGUGAGGAGGUAGAAGUAGUUCUCUUAGGAAAUAAGUGUGACAGAGAAGAUGAACGUGAAGUUGCAAAAGAGAAAGGGGAGAAGCUUGCUUGGGAAUUCGGAAUACCCUUUUUUGAGACAAGUGCAAAAGAAAAUAUAAAUAUCGAAAAGGCAUUUAUAACACUGGCUGAAGCUAUAUAUGCAAAGAAAGGAUCUUUAUUAGUUAAUCACAAUGUAGUAAAUUUGCAAGAUACGAAGAAAAAGAAUUCCUGCCUGACGUGUAGCUGAGGCUGACGCAACACACCAUAUUGCAUGUGAUCUGAAAAGCAGAUACAGGACUAAAUUAAAUUGUGUGUACAGUAUAGCUAUGUGGACCAGUAUUAAAUAUUAUGUGUAUAUCUGCUUAAGAAUCCUAAUACUUUGGGGGCAAUUUAUCAAAAUGUGAAAUUAGAGCUUAGCAAGGAUAAAUUCACCCACUCUCCAUUUAUUCCUAGGGAUUUUUAGAAGCAUAUUAAGCAAAUGGUGAACUCUAAGGGGCCGAUUCACUAACUUCGAGUGAAGGAUUCGAAGUAAAAAAAACUUCGAAUUUCGAAGUGUUUUUUGGGCUACUUCGACCAUCGAAUGGGCUACUACGACCUUCGACUACGACUUCGAAUCGAACUAAAAAUCGUUCGACUAUUCGACCAUUCGAUAGUUGAAGUACUGUCUCUUUAAGAAAAAACUUCGACCCCCUAGUUCGCCAUCUAAAAGCUACCGAACUCAAUGUUAGCCUAUGGGGAAGGUCCCAUAGGCUUUGCUAAGUUUUUUUGAUUGAAGGAUAUUCCUUCAAUCGUUGGAUUAAAAUCCUUCGAAUCGUUCGAUUCGAAUGAUUUUAUCGUUCGAUCGAAGGAAUAAUCCUUAGAUCGUUCGAUCGCACUAUUUGCGCUAAAAUCCUUCGACUUCGAUAUCCGAAGUCGAAGGAUUUUAAUUCCCAGUCGAAUAUCGAGGGUUAAUUAACCCUCGAUAUUCGACCCUUUGUGAAUCGGCCCCUAAUUGAUAAAUAAACUUCUAAAAAUCCCAAAGGAAUAAAUAAAAGUGGCAGAAUGAGGGUGAUGAGCUCUAAUCUUGCAUUUUGUUCCAUCUGCCCCUUAGAAUCAUUUAUUUAAGUGAAGUUUAAAACAUUUAAAACUAUCCGUACAUUACACUAUUAUAUUAUUGUUCUAAGACAAUGUUUUUGCCUUGUUUUAGUCAAACUAGGCUUAUGUUAUCCCUGUGAUAUAGUAAAUUAUUCAGCUUUGAGCUACAAAUCUAAUGCAUUAAUGACUAUAAAUACUUCAAGGUACCUCUUAAUGCCCCAUUGUACUAUUUUGUACCACUU